AUGUGUUCCACUUCAGCAUCCAACGCCUCAAACAGCUCAGUUUCUUUCACUCCUGAACCCGAAGCAUUACGAAUUACCCGCACGGUCUUGUUCAGUCUGAUAGCAGCUCUCGCCUUGGUUGGAAAUUAUGUGGUGUGUCGAGCUGUCUGGAGAUUUACCGGAGCCAAACCGAUAGCACAUUACCUUGUCAGUAACUUGGCUUUUGCUGAAAUUAUCAACAUGGUUUGUACAGUGUUCAUGUUCCACGCAUAUGAACCACCAUGGUCUUGGGAGCUUGGGAGUGUCAUGUGCAAGAUUCUCGCCCCUCUACAGCUUACAAGUUCUCUGGUUAUCACAGCAUCCCUGGCCAUUCUUGCUGUCUACCGAUGCGUCUUGCUAAUUAAACCCAUGAUCACCAAGCCAACACGUAGACAAACGUGUCGUGUUAUACUUAUCUGUUGGGCGGGAUCUAUUGGUCUGUCGGUUCCUGCGGGGCAUUUUCGCGUCUUAAAAUCAUGGGACGAAAACUGCGAGUUGCGUCUCUGUGAGGAAGAAUUCCCCCAAGGAUUUGAACACUAUCAGAACAUUUACUCCAUCGUCCUAUUCGUAGUGAACUUUGUCUUGCCAUUUGUAAUAAUGGCAAUUUCUUAUUCCCUGGUCGAUAAGAAGAUCAGAGAACACAUCUUUGUCAAACAACGGCUCAGGGACGAGCAAAACAAGGCUAUGUCAACUGUUACUCAGAAUUCUGUGUGUACAGAGGAGCCACAAUCAACGAAAAGAGGCAGUAUGGUUUUUAGCCAAUCAGGUGGCGUAAACCAUGAGGAAAUACAGCUCGAGUAUGUUGCAACCAGCAACAUCAAAGACGACGAGAGAGGACAACAACGGGAAAGCCAUGACAAGUACGUCACGUUGAAAGAAGACACUGACCAAACUGAGAGCUCACCAAACGUUCGGACAGUUACGAAAAACGACAACAGCGCAUUUGAGCUUGAAAACGACCUCCUAAAAAUGAUUUAUGCUUUGGUGCUAGUCUUUGUAAUUUGUUACAUCCCAUAUCAAGUUAAUUUCCUUCUAGUCGAAUUCCAAGUUAAGGCAUUUAUGGCCUGGCCUCCUCGUCACAUUCUUAGGAGGCAUAUUUAUGUCCUGGGCUGUUUGCCAAGCGCCCUGCAUCCUGUGUGCUACGGAAUGAUGAGUAAGUUCUAUCAUAAGGCCUUUAUAAGGAUAAUAGCUUGUAGAAAAUACAAGACUCAAAAUGCCCAUUAGAAGCGGGUACUACUGAUACGGCUCCCGGGUAACCCCUAUAAUGGCCUAAAAGGUGAGGCUUGGCCAGAACGUGGUACCCUUUUUACGCUUCAAGUUUAUGAAAUGGAGAGAAAUCUGUCAUUUCGUUUCGAACAAAGGCCUAAAAGUGCUAACGGACUUUGUAUGGCUGUCAAAAUGUCGAGAAUACGUUCUGGUUUUUUGAUUUAUUCAUAUUUAAAAGACAUAGCAUUUACAGCAUUUAAAAGGGAUGCAAAGUUCUAAACUAUAGGCGUGUGAAAGGGAUACCACUUGUCAAUAGAGGGUACACGAAACUGGGGGUACCAUUUCUGUCAAAAACUGUACCAUGUCUGAUAUAAAAAGCUAAGUGGUCGGACCUCGGGCCGGAGCCUCCCCGUAUAAAUAAUCGGAUUAAUUUGUUUUAAGAAAAAAUGUAACAUUAAGAAGACACUAUAGCUAUAGCGCCCGUUGGUGUUCGACUAUACAGGUUUCACUACUGGCAUCUAGAGAGAGUUCUUAAUACAGUACUUUUAGUUCAGUUUAAGCCUCAUGAGGAUUACUCUAACAACUGUUGAGUUGUUUCAUUUAUUGGCCGAGUAUAUGGCCACUGACCAGAAACGUAGAAAUUGGAAAUAACAAGCUUAAUUAUAAGUUGUUAUAAGCGAUAAAUUGAUGAUGAUUUUUCGGAGAGUAGGAGAUCUAAUUUGUGAAAAUAUUUCAUGGCAUAUUAGUCAAAAGGAAGUACAUGGGCGGAUAUAAGGGGGCGCAUGAACCACUUCAACCCUAUCUUAAUCCUCCCGUAAAAUGAUAUGCCAUAAACGUUCUUGCUAACUGGGCCAUUUUCUAGUGGUUAUUUUAAAAGCUGUGAUACAUGACAGGUACAUAAGCUUUUAAGGUACAUAAUUGUAUGUCACUGAAACAGUGUAGUCAUUUUUUCAACUUCUGAUAAGUGACAGCAGUCUACAAUAGGGCCCCUGACGUCCACUGGAAUUAAAGCAAACGCUGUGCUUUUUAUGAGAACUUGUCUAUAUUUAAAAAUCAAUUGUCAGUCCAGUUUCUUGUCAGUGGCGGUGUGUUACGUUGUGUUGUUGUUCACGUAAUCUUUUCAUUUUAGAAGUGAACUGUAAACUUAGGGCGCUUUCCAUUUGUCAGAAGUGACCGGCCAGACCAUUCCUGCAUGUCUUAAUGAAAAUUUCACGUUUAAUCAAAACUAUCCGGCCAGAUCAGUCAGAUCCUAAAUAGCAUGCACGAAGGAGAUGGCUUUUAAGCAAAAACCCUAAAGAAAAAGCCGAUUUCAUUUGAUAUCUGACUAGUCCAGCCGGCCAGUUCUGACAAAUGGAAAGCGCCUUUAGUGUAAAUUUCGAUCAUAUUGUAAUUUGUUGGUUGUGCAGUGCAAGCACACAGUUCAGUGCAUUAGUCUACAUUAUAAAUGAUUUCUAUUUCGAGGGUGCUCAAUAGGAUCCCCCCCCCCCCCCCCUUUUUUAGGGUGGGGGUGGGGGGUUUUAAAAAAAAAAGGGGGGGGGUGUGGGGGGUUAAAAAAAGGAGAAAGGGCGGGGGGGGGGAAAAAAAAAACAGGGGGACAGAAAUAUGCAAAAAAUUUGUCUGAGUAGGGUGACGGGGAAAAAAAAAAAAAAAAUUAUAUAUCUGACAGGCCCAGCGGGCAAGUUUGAAAAAAGGAAAACGCCUUUAGUGUAAAUUUUGUAUAUUUUUUAAUUUGUUGGUUGUGCAGGUGCAGCACCAAAUUUAGGUGAAUUGUCUUCAAUAUAAAUGGUUUUUUUUUCGGGGGGGCCCAAAAGGAUCCCCCCCCCCCCCCUUAUUUGAAGGUUGGGAUUCGGGAUUUUAAAGCAAAAAGUGGGGUGACGUUCGGGAUUAAAAGGAUGCACGAGACGCGGGACGCCGAAAACAACCAUCGGGAUUACGAAAUUGUGCAAAAAUUUGGAUCGGAAUGCCGAGACGGAUAAUAAUAAUAAUAAUAAUAAUAAUAAUAAUAAUAAUAAUAAUAAUAAUAACAAUAUUUUAUUCAAAUACAUGUGCAUAUAAACAUGACGAACCCUUUAAGGGGACCUUUUAUUCCUAUUAUGAAGUAACACUGGGGAUUUGGUACUUACUUAUAGAAGUUUAUGUACUGUAAUAUAAGCGAUUGGUAGUGUAGAAGUUUAUCAAAAAUAAAGAGAUUAAUCGGCUAAAUUGACAUUUGCGUAUCUUGAAUAGGGUGGGGAUUUAAUUUUUUCCGCUGCAAAGACGCAGCGGCUAUAAGCAGGCAGUCAACAAAAGCUACAGAUCUGAGAAACGUAUUUUUGAAAACCCCUUGA